AUGAUUGCAUCUUUUCCCAUUACUAUAAAAAGGACUAAUUACUACAGGAAUAACAGGAAAGACUACAAAAUUGAAAUAUUCAAAAUUCUCCUUCAAAAUGCUCCAAAAUGUUUCCCCUUCUCCCCUCUCCCUUCUCCUCCUGGCCCGGUUCACUCUGCUUCUCUUCCCUCCCCCUCUCCUUCCCCACUCCCUCCCCUCCUCUGGCCACGGUCCCGCAGCCACUCCGGUCGGGGACGGGCGGAGACUACAACUCCCGUCGCGCCCCGCGGCCGCCGCCUCCUGAGUCCCCGCCCCGUCUCCCGCGGCUUUUAUCGGAGCACCGGGCUGGCGCGAGCGGGUGCCCAGACCAUCCCGGGCGGGAGCCAGCCGGUGCCCGCGACCCUCCGCGGCGGGAGCGUUCUGCCGGGCGGCGCCGCUCAGCGCCGUUGGACCUCUGCGAUCGCGCCCGCUGGGAGCCGGGGGAAGACCGCCCGUGUGUCGCGGCGCGGCCACAGGAUGGUCAUCCGCGUGUUCAUCGCGUCCUCCUCGGGCUUCGUGGCGAUAAAGAAGAAGCAACAGGAUGUGGUUAGAUUUCUGGAAGCCAACAAGAUAGAAUUUGAAGAGGUGGAUAUCACAAUGUCUGAGGAGCAGAGGCAGUGGAUGUACAAAAACAUCCCUGCCGAAAAGAAGCCUGCUCAGGGGAACCCUCUUCCUCCACAGAUAUUCAACGGCGACCGAUACUGUGGAGAUUAUGAGAGUUUUUUUGAAUCAAAGGAAAGCAACACAGUCUAUUCAUUCUUAGGCCUGAAAUCACGGUUGCCAUCAAAGGCAGAACCUUAGAGAAGAAAAGUGGAAGAUGAUGGAGAUGUGUUUUGGAUGGAACACCCCUGAAACGCCAUACACACCUGCUUACCUAAUACAUCACUGUGACAAAAGCCACAUGCAUCAUGAGUCACUUUGCUAGCUGGGAAAAGGGUGUUUGGACAGAGUGGGUGUGAUGGGACUGCAUGAUCGCUUUAAACCAAAUCAGGACUGGGGUGGGGUUUUGGGUUUUUUUUUUCCCUUAUUUUUGGGUAUGCCUGCAGGUGCUUCUGUCACUUGGAGGUUCUGUGACCUGUUGUGCUUCCUGUAACACCUGUUACAGGUGUGCUUCCUUACUAGCUGAGAGAUAAGUGGGAAACAUCAUCAGAGACAAUGGCACCACCUGCCCGAGUUGCCCUUGACACACACCACUAUUGUUCCCACCUAUUUCUCUUUGGGCUGUUUCUCCUUGCAGCCUUGAAGUUAGUGUGCCCGACUGAUGGAAUAGAAAGGUAACAGAGAGGAAGGGGUGUGCUGCAGAAUGACAGUGUUGCUGUUCCAAUGCAGUAGCACCUGUGGGAACAGUUGGAAGUUCUAGUCUCCUCUUGGUAAUGGAAAUUCUUCCCUAGCCAAAUCCCCCAAGCUCCUACAGAUGUUUCCAGAAUAUUAUCGUUAGCAGCCUAUAAGCAGAACUGAGUUACAGAGAUGAAAAUAAUUGUUUUGAGAAAUUUAUGCUUCUUUAUCUCUUACAAGGGGAAAGCUUCACCUAAAUGCAUAAGACUGCCUAAAAGGUGUAUUUUAAGAAGUGCACUAAUCAGGUAGUAAAUUUAUGGGGAAAUUAACUGAUAUUAUAAAAGCAUUUUCAGCUCCAGCAACUUAUUUAUGUGUAAAAAGCACAUAUAUUUUUUAAUGCAGCCCCCUUCCUAUAUAGCUGCUUACUCUAUUUUGUGAAGGGAUUAUAUUUUUUGAGAAAGGAAAAUCUUAAGAUAUAUUUUGUGAACCCUUGAUGAGGCAUAUUAAAGAUACUAAUUGCUUGUACAACUUAA